AGCGUCCCUGCAACGACUCCUCUCCAGUCCACCACUGAAACAGAUCUCGGGCGGGGGGACGAUCGGGAUCUCUGCUCGCGCCGCCCCACGAUGUCGUCUUCCUUCGAUAGCUUCAGCCACGACGGCGACGACGCCGCGGCGCAGGGGGGAACCGCCACCGACCGCCCCUUCGACGACGGCUACAUCGGCUAUGAUCCCCGUCUCCCCUCCCAGCGUUUCGACUCCUUCUCCACCUUCUCCCCUCCGGAAGAUGCUGACAACCCCGCUCCGCCCGCCUCUGCCUUCCCCGUCGACGUCUCCUCUGGCGGAGACGGAGACGGAUUCGUCUUCCUCUCCGACGAUGCCCCUGUUCACCAUCAGCAGCAAGACAUCAGCGACGACUACGGAAUCCCGGUCCCUGACGAUGGGUACGGCUUCUCUUCGUCUCCCUUCACGAUGCCCCAGGCCAACGGGAUGGCGAACGGGGUGGAGGAGAACGGCGAGAUCUUCAGUUCGGAUGGCCCGAUCCUUCCCGACCUGGAUCAUAUGCAGAGGGAGGAGGGUUUCCUCCUGAGGGAGUGGCGCAGACAAAAUGCAAUUCACCUGGAGGAAAAAGAGAGGAAGGAAAAAGAAGUAAGAAAUGAAAUCAUUUCUGAAGCUGAAAAAUACAUUCAAGCUUUCUAUGAAAAAAGGAAAUUGAACUGUGAAACAAACAAGGUUCAGAACAGGGAACGAGAGAAGCUAUAUCUUGCCAAUCAGGAGAAGUUCCAUGCCGAUGCAGAUAAACAAUACUGGAAAGCUAUUUCUGAGCUUAUCCCCCAUGAGAUAGCUAGCAUUGAGAAGAAGAGAGGAAAGAAAGAACAGGAGAAGAAACCUUCUAUUGUUGUGAUCCACGGACCAAAGCCCGGAAAGCCCACUGAUAUGUCUAGGAUGCGCCAAAUUUUGGUUAAGCUGAAGCAUACUCCGCCGCCACACAUGAAACCUCCACCGCCUCCAGCAGCUGCUCCUGCUAAAGAUGCCAAAGAUAGUGCAGCAGCUGCAGGGAGUAAAACAGCAACACCUGCCUCGGAUGCCAAACCUAACGGUGCCCCAACCUCAACAAAGGUAGAAAUUCCUACAACUGAAGGGCAAGGAAUCAAGGCCCCAGAGGUGGUUACCGCCGCUUGAUCCUCACUCAAUUUUAUGACAUACUGUAUUUUAUCCAUUCCCGAGAACCAAGGAUUCAUACAAGUCCCAACUCUUUCAGUGCGAGUUCUUUCUUUGUGGUGGUCGCCCACCAGCAUCUUCCGUUCAUGAAUUGAUUUUUAGUUGUGCCAUUAUUCUACUUUUGAUAUAUGUAGUAUUUUGAUCGUCAAACAUUUCGUCUUUAGAACUUCACAAACAUCUGUUGCUGCCGUUAUGGCUGUGCUUGAUUCGUCUUGUAUCCCAGUUCUCGGUAAAGUUUGAUACUGAUCUGGUCGAGUUUUUGUAGUUUGCAGUGAUAUUCUGCUCCUUUCUGUUCC